UUAAAAUGUAAAAAUAAAAUAAAUUGGAACUUAUUUUGCAAUUGUAAUUGUGAUUUCUAACUUUGUUCUGGAAGGUUUUACUUAAUUUAGCAAUAACUUAGACAGUUUUUUUUUUUUUUUCGAUGCCUUGCUCAGUUAGUUUCCUCUGCCUCCCGGCUUUCUUUGUGCCCCUAAAAUUUGGAUUGUGGGUUAAUGCAUGUUAAUGCCCCAAAUAAUCCCCUCUCUCUCGACUCCAAAUUCAAUGUGGUAGCACUUUUUUUGUGUUGGGAUUAUCAUUAAUUUAAUCUGUCUCUGCUCACAUGCACUGGGUCAAAACAGAAGUUUCACAGGUGCCUCCUGAGUGUGGGUCAGCGCAGAGACUUGACAGCAGGUAUUCCACUCAGCCCAGGAAUGUCCUGGUCAUUACAUACUACUCACGGUUCACCUCUUUCACCCGAAACAUGACUGAGUUGAUUGUAGCAUCUGCUGAAGUAGCCCUUUGUGUGAGGUUUCGGCCUCUAAUGGAAUCCACCGGAUCACCUGCCAGUGCAGGUCCACUAGUGAACUCCAUACCUGCACUUUGAGUCCGGACGUGAUGCUGACCCUCAUCUUAUUCUCCUGGCUACACUGCAUGUGAAUAGAAGUCCCCUGAGAGCCUGAAAUUAUAUGGUAGUCUAGUAGGUUAAAAGAGGACAGAAUGUCAGUCAUCGAGCAAAAAUCCACAGACCCACAAAGAACAUUGAUGUUAUUAUCAUAUAUUAUUACUAUAUUAUUACUAUUAUUGUUUAGUGGACUGGCUGAAAUCUGAAUAAGUAGAGAAUGUCUUGAGUGGAUGCUACAACUUGUAACUGUAAUGAUCUAUUUUCGAUGGCAAUUUGAUCUAUCAUCAAAUCAUAGUGGUCUCCCUGUACCUGACCUGUAUCCCAUGUCCUCACCCUGGACGUUGCAGUGUUCCAGGGGAAGUGAGUGUCCUUGAGAUCAACUUGUUGCCAUAGAAAUUGGAGAAAUGCACGUCAGCGUCGUGAGAGAGGAGUCCAGCAUUUCACCCCAUCAUUAGCAUAUUAGCCACAGAGAGCCAAUGAGACGAAGCAAGGUAGUGAAAUACUACAAGGCGACUGGCUGCGACAAUAGCCCUCCUCCCUCUUUACUCUCUUCGUCCCCCUUUCAGGAGUAAUACCCCACUAAUCCUGGAGGAAAUCUCCUCUCUGUUGAAACUAAUUCUAGGGGCCGAACUUUGUUGGUAAUGGCCAUCUCAUGUUGAAUAUUAACUUUAAGGAUGUGUUCAGCCACCAUGGUCAGAGCCCUGCAGUCUUUCUUUAUUUUGGCCGGACACUGGAGUGUCUGAGAGUGAUCGGUGUGCGAGUACCACCAGUCCGACUGGGUGGUUCGGGCUGAGUUCUGCUGAGUAAAACAGUCUUUUGAGCCGAGUUUCAGUUUCUUCUUCCAGAUGUUGGGAAUAUGAAAAUGGUGGAUAUUGUAGCUCAGAAAAUGCCCUCAGAAAAUGACGUACAUGUGGCAAGAAGCUUUCUUACGAAGAUUUUACGAAGUUCCAUGAGGCGGAAUGAACCCGUAGGCAGGCCUCACUCCUGGCACUCCACCAAGUUCAAUGAAAACCAACCGGAGCUGGCCAAGACCCAUUCUCCAGCUACGACAGUCUGGCACACCGCACAUGAUGCAAGCUCUUCUUCAACUGACCUCUCUUCGAGUUGGGAGCAAACAAACCUCCGCAGAGUGUCCGACCAAUUCAGCUCUCAUGGCAGCAUGGAUAGUCUAGAGCAAGUUCCUCACCCAUACCCGGCAGGGCAGUUGUCCCCUGCCAAGUCAAACAACAGCAUUGAGCAUCUUGCAGGAGGAAAACGAGACUCGGCCUACAGCUCCUUCUCCACCAGCUCAGGCACGCCAGACUACACCUUGUCGAAGAGCAACACUGCCUCCACAGAGAACAUGUACAAAGUCAGUCAGUGGGAAGCAGCAGGAAAACCAAACAAUAGUAGAAACCCAGUGGAGGGGGUAAAACCUGAUGACAGGCUCACAUAUUUCCAAAUGCCGGGAGGAUGUGAUGGGCCAGUACCUGACGAGGCCAGCUCUCGACACUCUGCCUCAAGUCGAACAAGCUUUGGACCAGUUUGGCAUGUUCCAGAGAAAAAGAAGACCACCUCCCCUUCUCCUCCACCGCCGCCCCCACCAGCACGCAGCGACAGCUUUGCUGCUACAAAGGUGCACGAACGGGGUCACGUGGAAGGUCCUCAUUCUCAGCUCCCUGGCAAGAACAAUGUGUCACCAAAAAACGAAAGUUUUUACAUCUCGACUGAUAGACCCAUCAACAACCAGUUCAUCACAAAUAAGCAGUACUCACUGUCCAGCACUGAUGUUCGGCAAGGCCAGCCCCCACAUGGAAACCAAUACUACCAUCAUAGGCAACAUAGUGACAAAGGCACUUCACAGCCCUGGGCCUCAUCUGCUCAAAAGCCACAUGCUGUAGGUGGCUACUUUUGCAGCAUGCAGGAGCUGCCCACGAAUGGAUCAGCGCAUCACUUUGGCCAGAAUCAGAGAAGAAGCUUAAACGCAUCCCAAGUAACAGCAGGCCUGGAGCAAAAUGCUGAUUAUAGUGGGCAAAACAGAUACUACUGUCUGAGUACUAACCAGCCACCUACCCAAAAUUUGGUGAGAAAGCCAGAUGAUAGGAAGAGCACAGCAGGCAUUGAAAUGAUACUAAAUGCAAAAGAUCGUAGUUCUCUUAGCCCACAGACUGUCUCCAAAGCCAAGUUCGUUCUUCCCAACCAUCCACAUCCCUUUAACGCCAAUGGAUACAGCAAACCGCAACUGACUGAAACCCUUGAACAGUCUCUACCAAAACCCCCCUAUGAAGACAAGGACGCUUUACAAAGCCCUGAGACUCAGUACCUGAGUUGUCCUCCUUCAAGACAGCCUGAACCUCAGAGGAGCUUCCAACUGCAACCCAGGGAAUCAUCCCAAGACGUGAGAAAUCACCGACAAGCUGGCAACAAGAUCUGCCCUCAGACAACACCCAUGCUCCACUCUCUGUCCAUUGAUGCUGCUGAUCAAGAGGACAGAUCCAAAGGCAUUCAUUCAGAAGAGUCUGUUGAAAAUAAGCAAAUGCGCCGCAGUGACCGUUUCGCCACAACCUUAAGAAGUGAAAUCCAAAUGAGAAAAGCCAAAUUACAGAAAAGUCAAAGUGCAUCCACUGAGGAAGUCUCUGAAGAUAAUCAGAGUGAUUGGAAUCCCUCUCAAAACACAACCCCCACCCCUGUGGACAGCCCUUUCUCCAACACCUACAAGGAUCAUCUAAAGGAAGCUCAAGCAAGGGUGCUCAAAGCCACUUCCUUCAGGAGGAAGGAUCUGGAACCAGUUUUAUUGGAGAGUCCUGCAACUGAUGCUGUAGCUGGUAACUAUCCUACCACUGCGCUGCCCAGGAAAGAUAUUACCCCUCUGCCAACUCUUUCAGAAUCUGUGACCAAUAAAUCAAUGCAUGCCGGUGGUCUGGUGACUCGCAUUGGUGGACGGAAGCGGUUUCAGGCAGAAAAAAAGGUUAAAUCUUUCUCAGAGCCUGACAAAAUCAAUGAGGUCGGGGUUCAAGAUCUGCAGCACAGUAAAAAUGCAAGCUCUUCGCUGGACCAAGAAAAAGGCUUUGAAGCAAUUGGCAAAACUGUGUUCACUGUGAAAAAGCACCUGCACGGAUCGAAAGAAAGCCCCUCUGAAACCUUGAGCCAAAGCUUGGCCUCCACAGAGAACAUCCCAAAGGUAACUAGGGAAAGGGAUAGCAAUCCAGAGACUUGUGUUGCAUACACUCUGCCCUCCGACCAGCAAAGGUUGGGCACCUUUGCAGAAUAUGAAGCAAGAUGGAACACACAGAAGAAGACUGCGGAGAGUAGAGUGUCGGGAAGGUACAGGUCAGCUGACAACAUCCUUGAUUCCCCACCAGAGGAGCCAAGCAAGACGGCCUGUUUUCAUGAGCGAUCCCGAUCGUCUCCUUCAGCUGACUUCUAUGGGCAGAACAUUCCUGUGGCUCCAACAAUGACUGAGAUGGAAAAUAGAGAAGAGGAGAGUCUACCUGUAAAACAGCUGUAUAAUGCCACUGGGUUCUCUGACAGAGGGCCGGCCGGUUCCAAAGUGAAGGAGAAGCCUGCGGAGUUUGAGCGUUACUGCACACCGCCCACUUCACCCCCUGAUAUCAGAAACAGAGCUGCGAACCACAGAGACGCUCACAGCCUCACAGAGCCUCAUCAGCCCGAGGAGUCAGCACCAAAGAAGUCGGCGCUGAAGAAGCCGUCCUCUUCCAGAUGCUCGGAAACCACCGGCCAAGAGUCCAUUUCGCAGAGGGAAGUCUUCACUGGAGUCCCUCCGAACAGUAAUCCUAACCCGGCUUUUGUCCCCUCCCACUAUUCAAAGGGAGAUUCUGAGCAGAGUAAAGGACUUGUAGACAAAGGACAAGGGGCAGUGCAUCAGCUGUCAGCGUCCUCGCCCCCAGCUCACUCCCACAGAACCUCAGGGCUGGUGGCUAUGGAAGGACAGCGCUCGCCCUCCCCACAUUUCUCCCCACAGAGACUCAGCGACAAGCCUCCUCUCUCACGUCCUGGCGAAGACGCCAGCAGGAUGGAACAUUCCAAGGAAAACAGCACGGUGAAGAAAAUACCCAUCAGGAUCGUGCACUCCGAGGAAACCGCAGACAAGGAGAACUGCCCGUUUCUCAAGUGCAGCGAGCAGAGCGCCACUGCCGGCGAGGCCCCAGACAUCACUAGGAUUGGAAGCUUGGGAGCAGCCGGACUGGAGUCAGGGUUCUGUGCUUUCACACGGCAAAAAGAGGAGAGCAGUAGUGCAGAACUGAAGUCCCACAGAGACGUGUACAUGACCACCGUCGGAAAGUCGGGCGAGGACACCAACGGCUCGCCGUCAGUGGAGGAGCAGAAGAGGGAGGAGCUGGCCAGGGACAUCAUGGGGAAGGACAAGUCGCUCGCUGAUAUUCUGGAUCAGAGGAAGAUGAAGACCACCAUGGACUUGAUGGAGGGGAUAUUCCCUCAGGGCGAGCAGCUCCUGGAAGAGGCGCAUCAGCGGAGGAAGGUUCCUUGCAAGCAACCAGGGUCCAGGCCGACGGAGGACAGGGGGAAGGAAGACAACAUGGCGGCCGCGGUGACACUGGUCACCAGCUCGACGUAUUACAGCACGUCCGCCCCCAAAGCCGAGCUCCUUAUCAAGAUGAAAGACAUGCAAGAGCAGAACGAGGACGACUCGGAGGAGGAACUGGACAACGACCUUGCCAACAAGAAGCAAGAGCUGAUAGACAGCCUGAGCAAGAAGCUGCAGGUGCUGCGCGAAGCCAGGGAGAGUCUUCAGGAGGACAUCCUGGACAACAACGCUUUAGGAGAAGAGGUAGAAGGUCAAGUCCAGCAAGUCUGCAAACCCAACGAGUUAGACAAGUUCCGGAUGUUUGUCGGGGAUUUGGACAAAGUGGUGAGCCUGCUGCUGUCUCUGUCGGGGCGGCUCGCCAGAGUGGAGAACGCCCUGAACAGUCUGGAGGAGGAUGCCACGCCAGAGGAGCGAAGAACGUUGGUAGAGAAAAGGAAGCUGUUGAUCCGACAGCACGAAGAUGCUAAGGAGCUGAAGGAGAACCUGGACCGACGCGAGCGCGUGGUCUUCGACAUCCUGGCUGGCCACCUGCAGGAGGACAGCCUGACCGACUACGAGCACUUUGUCAAGAUGAAGUCUGCGCUCAUCAUCGAGCAGCGCAAACUGGAGGACAAAAUCAAACUGGGGGAGGAGCAGCUCAAGUGUCUGAUGGACAGCCUGCCGCUGGAGCAGAGACUGUCGCUGUGAGCUACCUGACCCUGUGGACUAGUUACAGAUGAGCCAUUUGUCCAGCAGAGGGAGGCAACCUCGUCUUUUCUAACACUUCCCCUGCUGAGCUUCUCUGCUCACACCACGGCACCUGAAAGUAACGUGAGAGAGGGACGACCACUGAAUCUUUAUCACCGUUUUGUUUUCAAGUUUUUUUUUUAGUAAUUUAUUGUAGCCUUUUGAAUCUGCGCUGGAGGUGACAGUAUUUUAUCUUAAGCUGACGCAAGCUGCCGUGCUACCUAUCAACACUCGUGGCAUAGUAUUUAUCAUGUUUUCUUUUCCAUCCUAAACUUCCUUCGACGCAAGUUCAAAAGGGUUCCAACGUCUUGCUGGCUGAAGUGAUCACGAGUGAGUGGUCUUGUCGCAGGAGUCUGUCCCCUCACAGCACAUUCGCUGAUGUUGGAGCGAUGAAGAGGAACUUCACAGGUGGUUUUUGAAGAGCACUUGUUCAGCGUCACAGUGUAGCAGCACUUCACCCUCUGGUUUGGCUCCACGUUUGAAGUGCCUGAACGUCAGCACGCCCACCUCACUGUUUCUUCCGUUGGUCACCUGGUUUUCAGCUCGCACCUUGCAACCCAGCAGUGUUUGUUACGUGUCUUCUGCCUUUUAGUAGUUCAUCAAUGGCCCACUUCAGCUGUCAUUUCAACACUAAAGAACGUACUGGUUUGUCUGAUAUACGAUGAAUGUGAAUCUUAUGUAUUCCCAGUCAUUUCAAGGAUCCAGAUGUCUUGAGAUUUCAGAAGGUGGAUGAUUGUGUUGGGAUGGUUUUCCCUCUCUUUGUUACUGUGUCACAUGCUCCACUCACCACAACUGCAGCGUGACU